CAAUUCGAUUUGGAUGAUUUACUGCCCUCCAUUGGGGAAUUUGGUAAAUAUCAAAAAUUAUUGGUUUUUGGUAUAUGCCUGCCCGCUUGUAUACCGUGUGGCUUUUGUGCUUUUAAUCAACUAUUUAUGGCCGAUACUCCAACGGAUUAUUGGUGCAGGGUACCCGAAUUACUUAACAUAUCAUCUGUGGAACAGAGAAAACAUUUGGCAUUACCACCAGAUAUGGAUCACCAUACCGGAGAACACAGCAAAUGUUAUCGAUAUGCCGUUAAUUGGUUACAACUACUUGAAAAUGCCACCAUCAACGAUUUGAAGCCUGAUCUAACAUGGCCAAUUGAAAAAUGUCCAGAGGGUUGGGAGUACAAUACCACUGAAGUGUGGUCCUCAAUUGUAAUUGACUAUGAUCUCGUAUGCGAUAAGGAUAUUUAUCCGACAAUUGGUUUGGCUGCCCUCAAUGUUGGUGGUCCCAUUGGUGUGUAUUUGUUUGGUUUGCUAAAUGAUCGUGCCGGUCGUCGUACAUCGUAUUUUGUUUGUUUGGCCACAUUGCUCGUUGGUAGCCUCAUUACAUCGAUAAGCAAGGAUUUUUGGACCUGGGCUGGUAGUCGUGUCAUUGUCGGACUCACCAUACCGGCAGUAUAUCAAAUUCCAUUUAUUAUAUCCCUGGAACUGGUCGGAGAAAGUUAUCGCUCCUUCGUUACCGUCAUGACCUGUACGUUUUAUACCUCGGCCAUUAUGAUAUUAUCGGUUGUAACAUAUCUGGAAAGGGAUUGGGUCAAACUUUCUUAUUACACAUCCGUCCCGUUCUAUGCCUACUUCCUGUAUUUAUUCAUUAUGCCAGAAUCACCACGCUGGCUUCUAAUGAGAGGACGUCUUGAGGAAGCUUUAAAGAUUUUGGAAAAUAUGGCACGUGUUAAUGGUCACGAAUUUCCUCCCGUCAUUAAAACAAAACUAGAAGCUCAAAUCUCACGUGACAAACUGAAGGAGAAGAAAAAACAUGUCAAUGCUGGAGUUUCCGAUUUGUGCAGAACUCCUAAUAUGCGUCUGAAGACCCUUUUAAUUACCCUCAGUUGGUUUGCCAAUGAAACGGUAUAUUUGGGCCUGAGCUAUUAUGGCCCCUCGUUGGGUAGCAAUCAGUAUGUCAGCUUCUUUUUAUCGGCCGCUGUUGAGAUACCAAGCUAUUUGGUAUGUUGGUAUCUGAUGGAUACAUGGGGACGUCGUUGGCCUUUGUCGCUAUCCAUGAUAUUGGGAGGUGUAGCUUGUGUCAUCACGGUAAUGCUACCAGAUGAUGCCGUGGAUGAGACCCUCUAUUUGUAUUUAAUAUCGAAGGCAUUACUAUCAGCCUCCUUUUUGAUUAUUUAUCCAUUUGCUGGCGAACUAUAUCCCACACAAGUUCGAGGUAUUGGCAUUGGGGUAUCCAGUUAUGUUGGUGGUCUGGGGCUAAUUGUUAUACCUUUCGUUACAUAUCUGGGCAAGGAGAAUCUCAAACUCCCCUUGGUAAUAAUGGGUUUCAUGUCAAUGUUGGGUGGCAUUACUGGAUUACGUUUGCCCGAAACCUUGCAUCAUCGUUUGCCGCAAACCAUCGAAGAGGGCGAAGAAUUUGGCAAGGACUGGACUAUUAAAAACUGUUGCAGCUGUAAGCCAGAGAGUCAAGUCCUGUCAUCACAACAGGCAUCCUAUGAAAAUCUGGAUGUCCUGGCAUCAAAUGCCGGUUCCGAUGUGGAACUGGAAAUGAAAACCUCAUCAGGUUCUUCAUCGAAGCGACAUUCAGUUCGUUCUCGACCCAAAUCAAUAAUCGAUGAACGUACACCCCUAGAUGUUAAUCGCCCGACGCGACCCUCUAUGCGACGUCUAGUACGUCAAAUGAGUGUUAUGGAUACGCAACGGGCACAAGAUGGAACUAUGCAAUUAACUCAUUGGAUAUGA